AUGUCGCUCCUUGACAAGCCCGGCGAGUCGAGCUCGGGCGCGUCGUCGAUCCCGCUCUAUAUCGUCGGCGGGGUAGCGACCGUUUGGGACGCCCAGACCGCUGCGACUAUCCACUGCGCACAUGACGUCUCGGGCCUGCGUGCUGGAACAUUGCCCGGUGUGGUGCAGCAGAACGGCUUCCUCGGUCUCCCCGUGACCCUCAUGCCGGAGGAGGCGACGCACCUGGUCAGGAAUGGCAUUGCGCACCUCGUCCCCGUUCCCAACACGACGCUCGCCCCGCCGUCGGCCCAGCUCGUUGCGGAACGCACCGCCCAGCGUAUUGCCCGUUCGCGCGCUCUCGCCGAGCGUGUGCGCCUAGACGAAGAGACGCGCGCGGCGGAGGGCAAGGCCAAGUACGCAGCGCGCAACGCCGCGUCGGCGGCCAAGGCGGCCACGAAGCGCGAGGAGCGGACGCGGAAGCGCGCCGAGGCCGCUCGCGCUGCGGCGGUGGCGAACGGCGGCGACGAACCCGCGGGGCAGGAGGCGUACGACGGCGUGUAUGCCGCUGUCAAGGCCAAGGAGGCGGCCGACGAGGCCAAGGCCGCUGGAAACAAGGACGACGACGACGAACCCAAGGAGAGGCCAGUGGCCACGGCCGACAACACCAACCUCUUCACCGUCGUGCCCGCGCUCCCUGUCCACCCGUCCCUCAUGCCCAGCACACCCACGACGAUUACCUCGGCUGCGUUCCCGUUCCCGCACCCGCCCUCGCACAGCCUGCACGUCCGCGACAGUGCCGUCGCCGACACGUUUUCGGCCCUGCACGCGCGCGGCCUGCGGAUGGGCCUCGGACCGCGGUUCGGCGGCGAGUGGCUCGUCUAUCCCGGAGACUACCUCCGCUACCAUGCGCACUACACCUCGCAGGUGGUCGUCCGCGACGACCCUAUCCGCCCCGCAGAGCUCGUGGCGUGGGGCCGUCUCGGCACAGGUACCAAGAAGGCCGGGUUGAUCUGCUGCUGGGACGACGGCGGGCGCGGCGACGACGAGCCAGUCAAGGGUAAGGGCGAGGUCGAGUUUUAUAGCCUGGAGUGGGCCAACUUUGGAUAA